AUGGAUCUCAGCUAUGAAACCAAGGAAACGGCGAAAUUCCCGAGCGUCGAUGUUGAAUACCAGUCUGGGUCCAUCGAAGCUGCCGAGCAGGGAGGAGGCGCACUGGGAAAUGUUCGGCGGUGGAUUCGCUCCGUCGGGGCUGAGGAGUUUGGCAUUGAGCCUAUCACCAAAGAAAUGCGCACGAAUCAGCCGGCCAUCGACCUCUGUACCAUCUUCCUGGCCGCCAACUGCAACGUCACCACCUUGGCUACUGGGUAUCUCGGUCCUACGUCCUAUGGACUUGGAUGGUGGGACUCGUUCCUGUGCGUCCUCUUCUUCAACCUCGUCGGCGUCAUCCCGCCGGUCAUAUGCGCUACACUUGGCCCAAAACUGGGUCUGCGCACUAUGAUCAUCCCCCGAUACAGCUUUGGCUGGUGGCCCGUCAAGGUCAUCGCCAUUCUCAACUGCAUCAACCAAAUCGGCUGGGGUAUCGUCAGUGGCAUCACCUCCGGCGACGUUCUGUACGAUGUGGGAAGUGGCCGGCUCCCCCUUGCAGUGGCGGUGCUCGUCGUGUGUCUGGUCGGAUUCGCCUUCGGCCUGCUCGGAUACAAAAUUCUACACAUCUACGACAGAUACUCGUGGAUUGUUAUGUUGAUCUGCUUCAUCCUGCUGGCCGGAUUUGGGGCGAAGCACUUUGUCAAUAUUCCGAUGGGCUCGGGCGAUACCGAGAGGUCCAAUGUGUUUGCGUUUGGCGUUUCCAUCAUCGGCUACGAACUCGCCUGGUUGCCCGUUGCUGCCGACUAUGGCGUCUACCUACAGGACACGAUUAGCCCCACAAAGACCGGCCUCUGGACGCUGCUCGGACUGCUCAGCUCCCAGGUUUUGAUCGAGUGGCUGGGUGUCGCCGUCGGGACGCUGAGCCAAAGCACCGACAGCUUGUUUACCGACGCCUACAACAACAGCGGCGUUGGCGGUCUCAUCGGCGUUAUUUUCAAGUCAUACAACAGCUCCGGUGUCACAGGCUUCGGCAAGUUUAUCGAGGUUCUCAUUGCCUUCUCAACGUCAGCUGUCAUAUCCACCAACAUUUAUUCGCUCGGCCUCAGCGUGCAAGUGAUCUCAGGGAAGCUUCUCGUCGUGCCUCGAUUUGUGUGGUCACUGCUUGGUGGCUGCGUCUUGUUGGCCUGUUCCAUUGCCGGCCGCAACGUUCUUGCCGAUGUUAUGACCAACUUCCUCUCUAUCUGCACCUACUGGCUCACGCCUUUCUGCACAAUUUUGUUGUUGGAACACUUCAUCUGGCGCCGUGGUUAUGCGUACGAUCUGGCGGCAUGGGACGACCGAAGCAGGCUGCCUCAUGGUAUUGCGGCGUCUGUGGCGUUUGUUGUUGGCACGGUCUUGUCGCUCCUGUGCAUGAACCAGGUGUGGUGGGUUGGUCCGAUCGCGCUUGGCAUCGGGCCGGCGCCGUAUGGGACUGACAUUAGCUGGCUCUUGGCGGUCGGCGUGUGCACUCUUAUUUAUGUGCCACUCCGGCUGUGGGAGAGAAAGAGGUGGAAUCUGUAA